AUGACUCGGGGCAUAAAACAUCGUAAGAAAGCCAAGAGCAAGAACAAGGGCUCGAAGAAAGAGGGUGGGUCUUCAUCUUUGGCGCCACAAAUUCCAGCGAAGGUGUGGCAACCUGGGGUGGAUAAGUUGGAGGAAGGUGAAGAGCUUCAGUGUGACCCUUCUGCUUACAAUUCUCUUCAUGCCUUUCACAUUGGAUGGCCCUGUUUGAGCUUUGAUAUUUUACGUGACUCUCUGGGCUUAGUUCGAACAGAAUUUCCACACACAGUUUAUUUCGUGGCAGGGACUCAGGCAGAGAAACCUUCUUGGAAUUCUAUUGGAAUUUUUAAAGUAUCAAACAUUUCUGGAAAGAGACGGGAACCUGUGCCUAAACUUGAAACUGAUGACUCUGGAAUGGAUGGUGAGGAUAGUGACAGUGAUGAUGAUAGUGAGGAUGAAGAUGAAGAUGUUGCUCAGGGUCCCAGUUUGCAGUUACGGAAGGUUGCACACCAAGGAUGUAUAAACCGUAUACGCUCCAUGCCACAAAAUCCCCAUAUAUGUGCAGCUUGGGCUGAUACCGGUCAUGUGCAGGUCUGGGACCUAAGCUCUCAUCUGAAUGCUCUAGCGGAGACCGAAACAGAAGGUGUCCAAGGAGUUGCAGCAGUUUUUAAUCAGGACCCAUUAUAUAAAUAUAAACACAAAGAUGAAGGUUAUGCUAUAGACUGGAGUCCUCUUGUUCCUGGAAGGCUUGUAUCUGGGGAUUGUGAUAAUAGUAUUUAUCUGUGGGAGCCUACAUCUGCCGGAACCUGGAAUGUUGAUAAUGCUCCAUUUACUGGACAUGCUGCUAGUGUUGAAGAUCUGCAAUGGAGCCCUACUGAACCUCACGUUUUUGCUUCCUGUUCUGUGGAUGGAAGCAUUGCAAUAUGGGAUACUCGCUUGGGGAAGUCACCAGCUGCAUCUUUUAAGGCCCAUAAUGCUGAUGUGAAUGUCAUGUCAUGGAACAGGUUGGCUAGUUGUAUGUUGGCCUCCGGGAGUGAUGAUGGGACUAUUUCUAUUCGUGAUCUCAGACUGCUCAAGGAAGGAGAUUCUGUGGUAGCACAUUUUGAAUACCAUAAGCACCCAAUCACAUCCAUUGAGUGGAGUCCACAUGAAGCAUCUUCAUUGGCUGUAACAUCUGCUGAUAAUCAGCUUACAAUAUGGGACCUUUCAUUAGAAAAGGAUGAAGAAGAGGAGGCCGAAUUUAAAGCUAAAAUCAAAGAACAAGUUAAUGCUCCUGAAGAUCUGCCUCCCCAACUAUUGUUUAUUCACCAGGGGCAGAAAGAUCUGAAGGAACUACAUUGGCACGCACAGAUUCCUGGAAUGAUUGUUUCUACCGCAGCAGAUGGAUUCAACAUCCUUAUGCCUUCAAAUAUUCAGAGCACACUGCCAUCAGAUGGUGCUUUAUAA